UUUAGUUCCCCGAUCCGCGGUGCACGCGGUUUUUGUAUUUAUAAACAACGAAAAUCAUGUUGGCGAAUAUCAGCGAGAAAAGCUAUGCAGCGGAAGCGCGCUACACGAACUUCUACGCUGGCGGCGACAUUGCAUGGAGCUCGGAUGGCCAGCACUUUUAUUGCCUGAAUGGAGCGGUCGUCAACCAGGUGGAUGUGCAGACAUCCCAGAUCCUGCAGAGCUUCGGGGCGACUCCAUCGUCGGCGGAGAACAAGAGGCCGACGGAGCUGGAGAACAUCGAUGUGGAGGAGGACACAAUCACCUGCUUCGGGCUGUCGCAGGAGCACCUGGUCACUGCCCACCGCAGUGGCCUGCUGCGGCUGUGGCAGCUGGCCACCGGCAAGCUGGUGAAGCUGUGGAAGGCCCAGCACAAGGGACCCGUCAUCCGGGUGGAGUUUAGUCCCUGCGGCCGGCUCAUCUGCACCAGCGGCGGAGCGGACGCCACACUGAGGCUGUGGGACUACUCGAACAACAGCUGCCUGGGCGCCCUGAAGGAUUUUCCGGGUCCCGCCUGGCUGCUCGUCUUCCAUCCCAACGUGCUCCGCAAGGAGAUCUACGCCGGGGGAUCGGACAACACGGUGUAUGCUUGGAACUACGAAACGAAGACACUACGGCACAAAAUGCGCGGCCAUCUUUCGCAGAUUACGGGCCUGAGCUUCAAGAGCAACGCCUCAGACUGCGAUGAGGUGGUGACCGUGAGCCGGGACAAGGUGCUGAUCGUGUGGCAGCUGCAGGAGCAGUUGGAGAGCAAGCAGCUGAAGGUUCUGCCUCUGUACGAUGAACUGGAGGGAGUCGCUUAUGUGGACGAGGGAAGCCAGAUAAUAGUGGCCAGUGGGCCGGGCAAGCUGCAACAAGUGGAUGUCAAGACCUGGAAGAUCAGGGACCUUCUCUCCCAGUCCGACUUCCAGAUCAGCAGACUGCUGCACUGCAGCGAGCUCAAGCAGCUGGCACUGGUCACCACGGAGCAGAACAUCCUAGUCUACGACUCGGGAAGUCUGAAGGCAGUCAAGCAGUUAGUGGGCUACAACGACGAGAUCCUGGACAUGUGCUUUAUGGGCGACAACGAUCGCUACCUGGCCGUGGCCACCAACAGCAAGCACUUCAAGCUGUACGACACGGAGCACGACAUGAACUGCCAGCUGAUCGUUGGCCACUCCGAUACAGUGAUGUCCCUGGCCGCCUCCCAGAACCUGCUCAUCUCGGUGGGCAAGGACUGCAGCGUGCGCCUGUGGCGACUGCAGCACGACAGGGACUGCUCGCUGGAGGCGCUCACUCAGCAGGCCAAUUGCCACACGUCCACCAUUGGAUGCGUGGCCAUGACGCACAACGGGGCCACCGGCUUCGCAUCCGUCAGCCAGGACGGCAGCAUGAAGGUGUGGCAGCUAGCCAGGGCCAAGGAGGACCGCAACUCGUACUCCUUCAAUCUGCGCUACGCGGCGCUCUGCCACGACAAGGAGGUGAACUGUGUGGCCUAUGCCCCCAACAACAAGCUGCUGGCCACCGCUUCGCAGGACAAGACGGCCAAGAUCUGGCUGGCGGAGUCCAACGCGCUGCAGGGCGUGCUGAGGGGUCACACGCGCGGCGUGUGGAGUGUGCGCUUCUCGCCGGUGGACCAGGUCGUGCUCACCUCGUCCUCGGACUGCACGCUGCGUCUCUGGUCCAUCGGCAGCUUUGCCUGCAUCAAGCGGUUCGAUCAGGAGUGUACAAUACUGCGGGCCGAGUUCCUGGACCACGGCAAGUUCAUCCUGUCCGCCGCCUCCGAUGGCCUGCUGAAGCUUUGGAACAUCAAGACCAACACAUGCCUCCAAUCGCUGGACGAGCACAGCGAUCGCGUCUGGGCUCUGGCCGUCUCCGGGCGAAGCAAUCGGUUCUUCUACACCGGAGGGGCCGACUCCAAGCUGAUUCGCUUCGGCGACGUCACCCAGGCGACGCGCAACGAGGCGUUGGAUCAGCGGCAGGCCACCUUGGAGCAGGAGCAGACCCUCCACUCCCUGCUGCACGCCCAGAAGCAGCUGCACAAGGCCUUCGUGCUGGCCCUGAACCUGGACAAGCCGAAGGCCAGCUUCGACAUCAUCAACCACUUUGUGCGCCAGCGAGAUGAGCCCGGUCUCCGCCAGCUGGUGGACCAGUUGAACGUGGACCAGCGGGUGGCGCUGCUGCAGCAUGUCAAGGCCUGGACCACCAACUCGCGGCACUCGCAGGUGGGCAACCUGAUCCUCAAGCACUUGAUCGGCGACGCUCUGCAGGAUCCCAAGGCGCGGUUCUACAACAAUGGCAACAUGGUCGAGGUCCUCACGCCCUACGUCCAGAGGCACUUCAAGCGGAUCACCGAGCUAAACAAGGAACUGGCCUUCCUGGAGUUCAUUGUCAAGUGUAUGUAGUGCACUCUAGCUGUGGAUCUGUUUAAUCUGUUUAAUUAGUUGUAAGAAAAUAAAAUGUAUAAUUGAAUUAUUUUA